AUGGGGUCAAAGUCAAGUACAGAGAGUGUUGCGAUCAAAACGCGCAUUCUGCCGGUUAACACCAAUGAUUUGGGUGUUUUUAAAGACAAAGCCACCCUUGAAGAGUGGGAGGUCCCAACGAAGACGCAAAACCUCAAACCCCUCCAAGACGCAGCGAAGCAGCUUCAAAAGAGCAGUAUUCCAGUUGGAUUUCCAACAGAAACUGUUUAUGGACUGGGAGCAGAUGCCACGAGGAGCGAUGCUGUCAAGGGGAUUUACAAGGCCAAGGGAAGGCCGUCGGAUAACCCGCUCAUUAUCCAUGUCUGCGACCUCACCAUGUUGCGAGGCCUUCUGGGGAAACCAGAAUCUGGGAAGGAUUCAAUCCCUGAAAUAUACCGGGAUCUGAUCAAGAAGUUCUGGCCGGGUCCAUUGACAAUUCUUCUGCCCAAUCCCACACCCAGGAUUCUAGCACCGGAAGUUACUGCUGGGUUAGAGACCUUUGGAGCACGUAUGCCAGACUCCCCUCUGGCUCUCUCACUCAUCAAGUUGGCCGGUGUACCUCUCGCUGCUCCUUCUGCAAAUGCCUCUACGAAGCCUUCCCCUACGACAGCCGAACACGUUCGCUAUGAUCUCGAUGGAAAAAUCGAGCUCAUACUCGACGGUGGAGCAUGCCAAGUUGGAGUAGAGAGUACUGUUGUCGACGGACUUUGCGAUCCGCCUGUUUUGCUAAGGCCAGGAGGUCUAAGUAUCGAUCGAAUCAAGGAAUGUGCCGGCUGGGAAAACGUGGUCAAAGGAUAUAAAGACCAGAGCGAAUUGGGCUCAAAAGCCCCACGCGCUCCUGGGAUGAAGUACAAGCACUACAGUCCCAAGGCAAAAGUCGUUUUGUAUGAAAGUUCAUCACAGGAAUCCUCCACUGGACUACCGUUGAAAGCUCGAAACGCAAUUUUACAAGGGGAAAUUGCAUCGGAUAGUUCAAUUGGAAGCUCAACUCCUACAAUCGGCAUUGUCAGUACUCGUAAUUGGGUAGAUUGGGCGGGAUUCGAUCACGAAGAAUCUGAUGCGGACAAAGUCAGCCAUGUCAUCCUUUCAACGGACGAAGCACUUUUGGAGGGCACAUCUGGUCCAUUGAAAUUUGGACAGCUCUUUUCCGGCCCCUCUACAAGGGCAACCCGAACCCCCAAAAAACAUGAAGUUGCCAUCCUGAUUGGGAUAUCUCUGGGGAGUGAUACUAAGGAUAUCGCGCACGGACUAUUUUCUGCACUGAGAGAACUAGACAAGAGAAAUGUCGAUGUCAUCUACGUGGAAGGUAUCGAUGAUGAAGGGAAUAUUGCGGCAGCAGUUAUGAAUAGACUCCGCAAGGCAGCUUCUGUCAUUGAGAAACCAUAG